AUGUGGCAGCUCAAGAUGGAGGCCAUUCUUGUUCAAGACGGAGUUGAUCUAGCGAUUUACGGAAUCGAGAACAAACCAGAAGAAGUCAAGGAUGCGGAUUUCGCCGAUAUGGAUAAGAAGGCCAGAUCCAGCAUAAUCUUAAACCUCUCCGAUGAGGGAUCUACUGUUACAGGUGCUGCUGCUGUUUCAACAUCAUCUUUGUCAGAUACAGACAUCACCAAAUUAUGGCAUAUGCGUUUGGGGCACAUGAGCGAAAAAGGCUUAGGCAUACUAAGCAAAAGGGGACUUCUUUGUGGUCAAAGUACCGGGCCAUUAGAAUUCUGUGAACAUUGUAUUUUUGGGAAGCAGAAAAGAGUCAGCUUCAGUUCACCAGCAAUUCACAAGACAAAAGGUACUCUCGAUUACAUUCAUUCAGAUCUAUGGGGUCCUUCUCGUGCUCCUUCUAAAGGUGGUGCCAGUACACAGAAGCAGGUGGAGCUUGAUAUUGGCAGUUCUGGUCCUUCUCAGACCAAAUCUUCUAUUCAACAAAUGCCAGUAGAUGCACCUGAGUCUACUGUGGAAGAUAGUUCAGAAGAAGAGGAAUAUUCCAUAGCCAGAGAUAGACAAAGGAGAGACAUUCGACCACCACAAAGAUAUGAGCUAGAUUGGAUUAAGAGAUUGAACUUGAUAAAUGGCAUUGCCAAUGCAUUGUCCUACUUGCAUCAUGAUUGUGAUCCACCAAUCAUUCACAGGGAUGUAUCAAGCAACAACAUUCUUUUGAAUUCACAGCUUAAAGCAACUCUAUCUGACUUUGGAACUGCAAAGAUUUUGAAACCUGAUUCCUCGAAUCAGACAGUAAUUGCAGGCACCUAUGGUUACAUUGCACCGGAGCUAGCCUAUUCCAUGGUGGUCACUGAAAAGUCCGAUGUGUAUAGCUUUGGCGUUGUGGUGCUGGAAACGCUGUUUGGAAAGCAUCCACAAGAUUUCCUUUACUCCUUUUCAUCACAACCCAAUGAACCAACAAUGCUGAAAGAUCUUCUUGAUGCCCGUCUGCCCCCUCCGACUAACCCUUUGGUGGUUCGAAAUGUGGUUCUCGCAACAGCGUUAGCCCUGGAUUGCAUCAACGCAAACCCGAAAUGUCGACCAACAAUGCAGCAAGUGGUGAACCGAUUUGAAGAGAGCAGGCGAGAAUCAACUAGGCCUUUGCACACCAUUGCUGUGAAUCAGCUUGUUAGUCCACCAUUGCUUUCACUGCCUGACCAAACCUACACAGUAGUUUAA